AUGCUUCUGGAGCUUCCAGGCUCUGGGCACAGAGUAGGGAAGCUCCCCUGCUUCCACCAGAAUAACCCCAUUAUUUCCCAGGAUGGAGACUUGGUGAUUGGCAUCUUUUUAUCCUUGUUCUCAAUUGAAGUGAACAGAGCAACUGGAGCAGAACUCUUUGAAAGUCCUCCUAACAAAGCUUGUAAGCCUUAUCAAUGGCUGCACAAAAAUUAUCAGCAGGCCCUAUCAGUACUGUUUGCUGUAGAGGAGAUUAACAAGGAUCCCAAACUUUUGCCCAACAUUUCCCUGGGAUUCCACCUCUACAACACCUACCACAGUGAUGAGAGAACCUUGGAGAGCUCCCUGCAUUGGCUCUCUGGAGAGGAUCAGCCCAUCCCUAACUAUAGCUGCUGGGAGCAGGACAGGUCUGUGGCUGUUAUUGGAGGGGUCACCUCAGCUCUCUCUGUCCAGAUGGGGACCCUGCUCAACCUCUACAAGUAUCCACAGAUCAGCUAUGGUCCAUUUGACUCCCUUCUUUGUGACAGGGUCAAGUUUCCUUCCCUCUAUCAGAUGGCCCCCAAGGACUCUGCUCUUCACCAAGGUGUUGUUCGCUUAAUAGUACAUUUUAAAUGGAACUGGAUAGGUAUGAUUAUCUCAGAUGAUCUGAGAGGUGAGGAAUUUCUCUGGAAAAUUAGAGGAGAAAUGGAAAAGAAUGGUGUUUGUGUGUCCUACACAGAGAAGAUCCCUGUCAGUGAGAGAAGACUAGUAGAAUCACAUGACAAUUUCAUGCCCAGAAUCAUGAUGUCAUCAACCAAUGUGAUUGUUGUCCAUGGUGACACAGAUUCAUUGAUGAUUUUGAGAUACUCACAAUCACCAGUUUUUCCUGCCCGGAGGGUAUGGAUUGGCACAUCUCACUGGGACAUUACCAUGAGGCCACUAUAUAUCCAUGGUUAUACUUUCAACGGGGCUCUCACAUUUUCUUAUUUGACAAGUGAAAUUCCUGGGUUCAAGACCUUUCUUAAGACAAUUACACCAUCUAAAUACCCAGAUGAUAUUUUGCUUAGGGGAUUCUGGCUUUCAGCUUUUAUGUGCCCAAAGCAACCAGAAAAAUCAGAGCAAGAGAUAUGCUCAGCAAAUGCAUCCUUGGAGACUUUGCCUCUGUGCUAUUUUGACAUGGCCAUGUCUGGCUUGAGUUAUACCAUCUACAAUACUGUCUAUGCUGUGGCUUGGGCUCUCCAUGAAAUAUUUAUGAGAAAAUCAGAGAAAAGAUUAAUGGAAGAUGAAGAAUAUUUAGUACUUCCUUCAUGGCAGCUUCACUCCUUCCUGAAGAACAUCCAAUUUAACAACAGUGCUGGUGAUGAGGUGUUUGUGGAUGAGAGUAGAAGCUCUGAGGCUCAAUAUGCCAUUUUUAACUAUAUGUUCUUGCCUAAUGAGACUGAUAUUCUGGUGAAAGUGGGGCAGUUUGUGCCCAAGGCUCCACUUGGUCAAGAUUUCACAAUUUGUGAGAAUUCCAUAGAGUGGGGCUGGUGGGGUUCAAAGGUUCCCCAUGGUGUAUGCAGUGAGAGUUGUCAUCCUGGGUUCAGAAAAACACUUUUGGAAGGGAAAGCUAUCUGCUGUUUUGACUGUUCCCCAUGUCCAGAUGGGGAGAUUUCCAGUCAUAUGGAUGCAGAGGAUUGCAUGAAGUGCCCAGAGAUUGAAUACCCAAAUCAGCAGAAAGAUCACUGCCUCUCCAAGAUUGUCACCUUCCUGAAUAUGAAAGAAUCUUUAGGGAUGAUGUUGACACUCGUGUCUAUCUCUUUCUCUUUCCUAACAGCCCUGGUUUUGGGGGUCUUUGUAAAGUUCCAAGACAGUCCCAUAGUCAAAGCUAAUAACAGGACUCUCAGCUAUACUCUCCUCAUCUCCCUCAUCUUCUGUUUCCUCUGCUCCCUGCUCUUCAUAGGUCAGCCUACCACUGCCACCUGUUGCCUCCAACAAACAGUAUUUGCAGUUGUCUUUACAGUGGCUGUUUCCUCCAUUCUGUCUAAAACCAUUAUAGUGCUUUUGGCUUUCAGAAGUAUAAGCCCAGGGAGCAGGAUACGCAUGUUCAUGCAUCCUAGAGUGUCUGUCUAUGUUGUCCUCAUCGGCUCAGGGUUGCAAGUGAUUUUAUGUGGCAUUUGGUUGGGAACUUCUCCCCCCUUUCCAGAGGCAGACACACAGUCUGAAUAUGGCCACAUAAUCAUUAGAUGUAAUGAAGGCUCUGCUUUUGCUUUUUACUGUGUCCUGGGCUACAUGGGCUUUCUGGCCCUGGGAAGCUUUACUGUGGCUUUCCUGGCCAGGAACCUGCCUGAUGCCUUCAAUGAAGCCAAGUUCAUCACGUUCAGCAUGCUGGUGUUUUGCAGUGUCUGGGCCACUUUUCUUCCCACAUAUCAGAGCUCCAAAGGGAAGGCCAUGGUCACUGUGGAGAUCUUCUCCAUCCUGGCCUCCAGUGCUGGGUUAUUGGGCUGCAUCUUUAUUCCUAAAUGUUAUAUGAUCCUACUGAAGUCAGACAGAAAUACCCAGGGACAGAUCAAGAAUAAACGAGAUUCCAGAGGCAAAACUUUUGCUGGAGCACAGCCUUUCACGUCUAGUACUGGCAUUUAUAAUAAACCACAUUAA